UGGGCUUCCACAUGAAAAUGGGCCUUAGAUGUUCUUGAAUGCACAAGUUCUUACAGUGUCACUGUUUUCCAGAGCCUUUUUCUUUGAGAAGACUUUUAUCACUCCAAGUCUCCGUAUCAGUCUCCAAUCAGAGACAGAGCGAGUGCGUGUUUAGGUGUGUGAAAAAUGGGGAGAUCGACGACGUCAACGACGGCUAAGGAUGCCCAGGACCUGUUUCAUUCUCUUCGUACGGCCUACGCGGCCACUCCAACUAAUCUCAAGAUCAUCGAUCUCUACAUUGUCUUUGCAGUCGUCACUGCUGUGAUUCAGGUCCUUUACAUGGCCAUUGUUGGAUCAUUCCCCUUCAACUCCUUUCUUUCGGGUGUACUUUCUUGUGUGGGGACUGCUGUUCUUGCUGUUUGCCUUCGGAUUCAAGUAAACAAAGAAAACAAGGAAUUCAAGGAUUUACCUCCAGAACGUGCUUUUGCAGAUUUUGUCCUCUGCAAUUUGGUACUUCACUUGGUUAUCAUGAACUUCCUAGGAUAAGUUUGGUAUCCAAAUUGAAACGAGUGUUAGAUUUUGUAGCAAACAGUUCGAAAAAGAGGAUGAGACUUACUGAUUGUCACUAAGGUACUACACAAGAUAACUAAGUUGACCGAGUUUUUAUCGAACAUUUGAUAUGUAUCGCUUGGAAUACAUUUUCCUGCACUCAUAAACUUUUUUAUUCAGACUGCAAAUGUUUUGAAUGAUGCUUGAACUUUGAUAUGUAUCGCUUGGAAUACAUUUUCCUGCAUUCAUAAAUGCAAAUGUUUUGAAUGAUGCUUGAAGGUCAUAGAUUGCAAGAUUAAUGAAC